GCUCUAGAAUCGUCUUCUCCGGCAACGUCGCCGGGAAAAGAAAUGUUGGCGAUUACGAGAGUGAUAACUCGGCGACUUCAUGGAACAAGCGAUGUUACUGUUUUUCCAAAACUCUCAGGAUUCUCUAUUGUAUCUCCCAAACAUGUUGAGGUAGAGUAUACUGAUGGAACCAAGUUCAAGUUUUCAUCAGAGUUUUUGAGGAUUCAUAGUCCAGCUGCUGAUGGAAAAGUCAGAUCAAUCGGUGGUGAAAAGGUGAUAUCUGGAAGGCGGUAUGUAGGAAUUAUGUCUGCGGAACCAGUUGGAAACUACGGGGUAAGGUUAGUGUUUGAUGACUUGCAUAGAACAGGGAUAUAUCCAUGGGAUUAUUUCCACGAGCUUGGGAGCAAUAAGUUUGGUCUUAUGAGAAGCUAUAUCAAGACUCUUCAAAAGCAUAAUCUAAGCCGUGAACCUCCUCCUUCGAGAAAGAGAUAAUUCUGACGAUCAAAGUGUUUUGAUAGAUUCUUCUUUUGAAGAAAACAGAGAAUCUUCUUGUCUUGUCUCAAAGUUACGGUUGUUGCUUUUUGGUUGUUGGUAUUAGUGCUGAAUGAACUAGAAGUUGUCUUUAGAGAACAGAAUACAAUUAAUCAAACGUUACAUUUGUAAAGAAAAGAUUAUAACCAGUAUAAUCAUUAUUCGUAAACUCAUGCAAAACCCUUGUAAUUUGUGAUCAAAA